AUGCGCUCUUCCGCAUUGACAUGGGCCUCGAGCCUGUGUCUUCUGUCGGCCCUCACGUCGCUGACAUCGCCAGUCUUGGCCGUCAAGGAACACGACUUCAAGAAGUGCGACCAGUCUGGCUUCUGCAAGCGCAACCGCGCCUACGCCGACACCGCCGCGGCCACCGGGUCGUCGUGGACCUCUCCCUACAACAUUCUGCCCGAGUCGGCCUCCGUCAAGGACGGUCAGUUCCAGGCGGUCAUCCUCAAGACGAUUAACGACAAGGGCGAGACCGUCCGUCUGCCCAUCACCGUCUCUUUCACCCAGGCUGGCGUCGCCCGCGUGACUGUCGACGAGGAGCGUCGACAGAACAAGGACAUUGAGCUGCGCCACGGCAGCACCGUCCGGAAAGAACGCUACAACGAGGCCGAGGAGCUCGUCAUUGUUGGCGGCCUCGAGCUUGACAAGUCGGCCAAGGCCAUUGACGAGGACAGCACCGGCAGCACUGUCGUCCAGUACGGCCCCGACGGCCAGUUCGAGGCCCACAUCCAGUACAGCCCCUUCAGCGUCGAGUUCAAGCGCGAUGGUGCCACGGAGAUCAAGUUCAACGACCGGGGCUUGCUCAACAUGGAGCACUGGCGCCCCAAGACCGAGCCGCCCGCACCCAAGGAGGGUGAGGAGGCUGUCGCGGCUCCGCCCGAGGAGGACACUUGGUGGGACGAGACCUUUGGCGGCAACACGGACUCCAAGCCACGUGGGCCCGAGAGUGUCGCUCUCGACAUUUCUUUCGUGGGCUACAACCACGUCUUUGGCAUCCCCUCGCACACGGGCCCCCUUUCGCUCAAGGAGACGCGCGGCGGCGACGGCAACUACGUUGAGCCGUACCGCAUGUACAACGCUGACGUCUUCGAGUACAUCCUCGACAGCCCCAUGACGCUGUACGGCUCCAUCCCCUUCAUGCAGGCCCACCGCCAGGACUCGACUGUCGGUGUCUUCUGGCUGAACGCGGCCGAGACGUGGGUCGACAUCACCAAGGAGAAGGUCAAGGGCAACCCUCUCGCACUGGGCGCGGGCGCCUCCACCGACACCAAGACGCACUGGAUCUCCGAGAGCGGUCUGCUGGACGUGUUUGUGUUCCUGGGCCCGACCACGCAGGACAUCCUGCAAAAGUACGGCGAGCUCACGGGCUACACGGCGCUGCCCCAGGAGUCCGCCAUUGGCUACCACCAGUGCCGCUGGAACUACGUCUCGGACGACGACGUGAAAGACGUCGACCGCAAGAUGGACAAGUUCGGCAUUCCCUACGACGUGAUUUGGCUGGACAUCGAGUACACCGACGGGAAAAAGUAUUUCACGUGGGACGGCGAUAAGUUCAGCGACCCGUCGGGCAUGGGCGCCCGUCUGGACGAGCACGGCCGCAAGCUCGUUGUCAUCAUCGACCCGCAUAUUAAGAAUACUGACGGCUACCCGAUAGUGUCGGAGCUCAAGUCCAAGGAUCUUGCGGUCAAGAACAAGGACGGCGGCAUUUUUGACGGCUGGUGCUGGCCCGGCUCGUCGCACUGGAUCGACGCCUUCAACCCUAAGGCGGUGGAGUGGUGGAAGAAGCUCUUCAAGUACGAUGCCUUCAAGGGCACGGCCGAGAACACCUUCAUCUGGAACGACAUGAACGAGCCGUCCGUCUUCAACGGACCCGAGACCACCAUGCCCAAGGACAACAUGCACCACGGAGGCUGGGAGCACCGCGACGUCCACAACCUCAACGGCAUGACCUUCCACAACGCCACCCAUCUGGCUCUGCUGUCGCGCAAGCCGGGCGAGUUGCGCCGGCCUUUUGUUCUUACUAGGUCCUUCUUUGCCGGCUCGCAACGUCUGGGUGCCAUGUGGACCGGCGACAACCAGGCAGACUGGGGCCACCUGGCUGCCUCGAUUCCCAUGCUGCUGAGCCAGGGCAUUGCUGGCUUUCCCUUUGCCGGUGCCGACGUCGGCGGCUUCUUCGGUAACCCCGACAAGGAGCUCCAGACGCGCUGGUUCCAAGCCGGCGCCUUCUAUCCGUUCUUCCGUGGCCACGCGCACAUUGACUCGCGCCGCCGCGAGCCGUACCUGGCGGGCGAGCCGUACACGACGAUAAUCACGUCGGCGCUGCGCCUCCGCUACAGCCUGCUGCCCGUCUACUACACGGCCUUCCACCGCUCGCAUGUCACCGGCGAGCCCAUCAUCAAGCCUCUUUUCUACACGCACCCCAACGUCGAGGCCGGCUUCGACAUCGACGACCAGUUCUUUGUCGGCAACACGGGUCUCCUCGUCAAGCCCGUCCUGGCGGAAGGCAGAGACACAGCUGCGGUGUUCAUCCCCGACCACGAGGUGUACUACGACUACUUUGACUACUCCGUCGUGCCCACGCAGGCCGGCAAGCGCACCAACAUGCCCGCGCCGCUCGACACCAUCCCGCUGCUCAUGCGCGGCGGCCACAUCUUCCCGCGGCGCGACCAGCCCCGCCGCUCCAGCCAGCUCAUGAAGUUUGACGACUACACCCUGGUCGUCACGCUGCCGCGCAACGGCGGCCACGCCGAGGGCUCGCUGUACGUCGACGACGGCGACUCGUUCGACUACGAGAAGGGCCAGUACAUCCACCAGGCCUUUGUCCUCGACGGCAACACCAUUUCGUCGUCCAGUGCCGAGCCCGGGCGCGACGCCGCCAAGGUCAAGCCAGGCGCCUGGCUCGCUGCCAUGGCCGACGUCCACGUCGACAAGAUUGUCGUCGUGGGCGCGCCCAGCGACUGGGCCGGCCAGACCGAGGUCACCGUGACGUCCGGCGGCAAGGCCUGGACCGCGCCAAUCGACUACACGCCUGCCAGCGGUGGCCGCUCGGCGUUUGCCGUGAUCCGCCAUGUGGGCGCGUCCGUCGGCGCCGACUGGCAAGUGACGGUGGCAUAA